CACUACCACCAGCACCAUUAUAGCCACCGCUGCCACCUACCCACCGCUGCGCUGACGCCGGAGCUUGUGGUUAAGUCAUCGCACAUGUAAUGUGGCAGCGACCGGCCAGUACCACUCCCAGCAACCGCUGGCUUUUAUAUUCUCUGGAACCGGCGCGCUUGGCUUCAGUUGAUACUUUUGCAUUUAAGCGCAGAGUUCGUAAUCACGGGGCGCUAAAUCGUCGAAAUUUAAAACUAUAAAUAAAUAUCCAACAGUAAUUGGUGUUGCGAGUAAAGCUGCGCGUAAUUCAACAAAUUAUUCCGUAUGCAUCUUAGUGAAGUGCAGUAGAAAGAAUCCUGCAUCGAAAAGUGACUUUAAAAAAUUACAAAAAAAAUCAAUAAAAUACCAAAUAAUUUUACUACAAUGCGUGCUACAUUCUUCACCAUCUCCAUUCUCUGCCUUUUAGUAUUGAAUGUAUCUACCGAUGAUAAGCACAAAGAACAAAGCAGUUCAGAAACUUGGCAACAGGAUCUAACGGACACUUUCAAAAUAGAAGGCUCAGAUCAGGGUAUACAAAAGGUUAAUCUCAAAUGCGGUUCCAACUCGAUGAAUGUGAUGCUGGAGACGGAGAAGCCAUUCACAGGCGUCAUGUAUACGCGCGGUAGUUUUUAUAAACAAGCUGCACCCUGCUUUGUCAAACCAAAUAUUCAAAAUGCACGCUCACUAGAGAUGAAUUUCCAAUUGGAUCAAUGUCAAACAUUGAAAGAUGGCGAACUCUAUUCCAAUAUUGUUGUCAUACAAAAUGAUCCCGAAUUGAUUACACCCGGUGAUUCGGCAUUCUCGCUCGAAUGUGACUUCCGUCAACCACGCAGCUUGGAUGUUGAAGCGAAUAUGCAGACACGUGACAGAGUUGUAUGCGGUUCCAAAAUCACACUUACAAGUCCCGAUCCCUCAGCCAAUGAAGCCGACUCGAAUUUUACUGUGCAGAGCGAUACGGAUAGCGUUGAAUAUGUACCCAAACGUCAAAAUGCGAAUGAUAUUGAAAAGGAUGUGUUGCUUGAAAAGAAAGAAUCCGAUACGAUACGUUUAGGCACUGUGGAAGAGGUGAAAUUCACACUUGAGAAGGAUGAGCUUUAAUAAUAAUGCAAACGUGGAAUAAUGGUUAAGGAUUUUCAUUCACACAGAUCACACUUCCUACUCAAAAGCUAACAAGAAUAAACACGCACACAAAAGUACGACAAGCACAUUUCAAACACAAUACUACACUUGCUGUAUUAGGUAACAGUCAAAGUGGACGCAAUGAAACCGGGGUAACAACGGAUGUAAAAGCGGAAGUGAAAACAGAUGUAAAAACGGAAGU